ACCUUCGUGGACAUUUGUUUUGUAGUUCAUAUUUUGUUGUUAAUGUUCAUAGAGGGAGUAUCACUUCCAGGGAUAAAGCGAGCCACGACAUCUCUCAGUCUCUCUGUGCACGCUCGGUCGGCUUCGGUCAGCUCCAAUCAGCGUUGAGCGCAUGCGCAUCGCAUCAGGAAAUAUCGUCGGUAUUGCAGAUCCUGUAUAUUUGCAUACAGUAUAUUUUCACGAUUGUUUAUCUUGAUUGUUUGUCAUAUUGUCGGCGAAAAUAAUGGAAAAUGAAAAUAAAAUUAUAUUCUUAAUUGUAUAAUCAAUAGGGGAAAUUCUCUGACAGAAAAGUCUAUGUCAAAUUAUUAUAGAACAUAAAUGUCAAAUAUUAUCAUUAUUAAUUUAAUAUUUAGAUUAAUUAAAAUAUGGCCCAUAUUAAUCAAGAUCAAGGAAUAGGAGAACAUGUAGACUUUUUAACAAAAUUUCACAAUAUUUCGAAUAAAUUGAAAAAACGCUUUCUGAGAAAGCCAAACGUCUCAGAGGCAUGCGAUCAAUUUAGUGCCUUAGCCACUGAAUGUGAACAGAAAGAAUUGUGGCAAUAUGCAGGUUUAUGUUGGUUGGCAGCUGCUAGAUGUCAAGGUACUUUAGAAAAUGCCUCUUCUGAGAUAAAUCUGCUGAUAAAAGCAGGAAGACAAUUUCUCAUAGCUGACAAGAAAGAUAACGACAUAGGAUGUCCCUCUAUAGGCCAUGAAAAUAUACAGGCAGCUGUAAAUUGUUUUGGUCAUUCUAUGGCAAGAUGCAGCAGCCAACCAGGAUUUAAUACAAUUUCUGCAGGUCUAUCAGUAGAGUUAGCAUUAGCAUUGGGUCCAGGUCCUGCUGGCAUUCAACAGUUACGGAAAGCAAUUGAUAUAUUUCCCACAUCAAAAGCUAUUAAUACUUUAGUGUCUUUUCAUAUAAGCGAAGGAGAUUAUGUAGCUGCACUACAAAUCCUUAAUGAAUUUGUAGAAUUUGCAGAAGCUUGCAUUGUGGCUGGUGCCAGAGGAAAUUAUAAUGCUAUUCUACAUAGGUGCGAGGUAAUGCGGGUCCUCUUACUACUCAUUCUUCAGCCAUCGCCGCAGAGACUAACACCCUCUCUUGCUCAAGUUCUGGAAAAAUAUGCAUGGGCUGAAGAAAAUGUGAAUAAUAGUCUCAAUAUGAGCGAGGAUGAAUUAUUGUUGCUACAAUCUCUGGUAUUAGCAUGUCAAUCUCACGAUCAUCAAGCAGUAUUGGAACUCGAGAGCGAAUUGUAUCCUUACUUUGACACGGAGCAAAAGGAAUUAUUACAUAAAUUGAUACAAGUAUUAUCGACGCAGUAAAUAUAUAUGACAAUGAGUCCAUGAGACGUGCGAUUAAUUUUUGCCUACAAUUUUAUUCACCAUAGACUCUUCUGUAAUUUUAUGUCCUACUGUAUAGUCUAUCGAGAUAAAAAAUCGGGAUAUAUUCGUCAAGAAAUGAACGUAAAGAAUGCCAAUCGUUUUUCUUUCAUUUUUAUGCGAUUACAUUAUUAUUAUUCGAAACAGGUUCCUGUUUAAGCUAUUGCACAACUGAAAUGACGUUGAUGAGAUGAGCCGCGCUUUUACUAAUCCAGUAAUAAUAGUUGCAAAAAGCGAAUAGGUCGCUUCUUGUGAUCUCGUUCGCAGUAGCAAGAGCGGCGCGCGAUGUGAAAGGAGGAGGAACUUUUUAGAUGGAAUGAACGAUUGCAACGGAGCGCGAGGCUGGAAGGAAGGACGUAGGACGUAUAGUGCGUGCCGGUAUGGCAUCGUGGAGGAGGGGAUGUCUCGCGCGUCCCACGAUAUACUAAGGUCCUCUGUUCCACGACUGCUAUUCAAGACGCAGCCUCGCAGUCAUCGCGCGAAAGUGUCUCCGGAGUCCUUCAGAUCGGAAUAGAUUGUGUUCCAUUAAAUUGUUUAAUCUUAAGUUCUGUAUCGAG